UUACCGUCUGCAUUCGACUUCUAUGGGUUUCAAGAUAACAAGAUAAGGUUGUCUGCAGCAGUACUGCCUAGUGGUAAGGGCAAAUCUAAAAUCUUCUUCUGCCCUCCCAAAGUCACAAUUUUUUAAAACCAGAAACCGAUCACUGCUGCUCCUCUGGUCCGAUAAAAAGUACUACACCAAGAAAAGGAAAUGUUAGGUGCGCUCAGUGCCGCAAGUCUAACACUCAGUCUGGGUGGUGCGCCAGCACCAUUCACCGCCCAAUGCGGCAAUGGUGGCGCAGCCAAAGCCUUUGCGCUACCCACCAUCACCAGCAGCAGUAGCAGCAGCAACAACCGCACCCAAUUGUUGAUUAAGAGCUCAUUCAAUUCCACUUCCAGGACCACAUCAUCAUUUAGGACAGCCGUUGCAGCAGCUGACUCUGACCAGCUCAGUCCCGGCAAGCAACAAGCCAAAAAAUACUAUUUUGUUGUUGCAAAUGCCAAGUUCAUGCUGGAUGAAGAAGAGCACUUCAAGGAGCUCUUGUUUGAGAGGCUUCGGAACUAUGGAGAACGGAAUAAAGAGCAGGACUUCUGGCUUGUGAUCGAGCCCAAGUUCUUGGAAAAGUUCCCUGACAUUACUAAGAGGUUGCGCAGGCCUGCAGUUGCUCUGGUUUCAACUAAUGGUCCUUGGAUUACGUUUAUGAAAUUGAGGUUGGACAGAGUUUUAUCUGAUAGCUAUGAAUCUGACAGUCUUGAAGAAGCUUUAGCCUCCAAUCCUAGCACUCUGGAGUUUGGGAAGCCAGAAAACUGGGUGGCACCCUAUCCAAAAUAUGAAUUUGGAUGGUGGGAGCCCUUCUUGCCAGCUGGAGUUAAAGAAUCUAAAGUAUAGCAUAUUUGGCUCUCAGUUCUUGUGUAGUUGGUUUUAUUUCUCUAACGGAUGAAAGGUUGUGGUUUUCUAUUAGGAACUGGUGGAUUGGUGAGUUUGCGUAUGAGUUGGUACUUAGUAGAGACAAUUCAAAAUUUUUAAUUCUCAAUGAAACAGCUGCGAAGCUAAUAUCUUAGACUCCAGCGUGUAGAUUUCUGCAGAGAGGUUCUCAUCAAAACCUUUUUCCUGGAAUUCUCUUGAUUCUCCCUUUCUUGAGAGAUAAAGUAAUAAUUUAAGAGUUGCCUAAGAAAGGAGUGAAAUAUGCUGAAGCUCUUAAAACGGGACCUACUAAACUAGCUCAUGUCCGCAUGUUAAGGAGCAUAUAGCCUAGGCAUGUUUAAUGCUGCUUGUGAUGGAAAAUAGAUGCUGGAGUUUCGGGAGAACCUUUGCAUCAAAAACUGCAUACUGCCUCUUUAUUUCAGCCAAACCUUUCCGUGAAUAGGCAUCCACGGUAUUCCCAUGUUUCUCAAAUAGCAUAGCACCGUCGGCAUUGCAAACACUGCACCAACAAUGGAGAGAAGAAUCAUAAUUCAUAACUCAUCUUGCCAACAUGUUAAGUGGAAAACAACCCG